AUGGUUACACAGAGCACGCUUCCCCUCUCUCGCGCGCGACCAACGGCUGAGGUUGACUGCCAGAAGGCUCCCAUCCUCCCCAAUGCACAGUACCAAAAGACUCUAUCUCACCAAGUAUCGGCCACAAAGCUCAUCUCUUCCACCGUCGCGGCGGGCGAGUUGUCAGUAUCACAGCUGCAGGGCGGGAAGGUGAAGGACAGUCAACGGACCAGCUCCCGGAAGUGGGGCUCUUCUUCUGCCAAACAAUCGUCUGGCCAUGUCAGAAAAGCAAAGCGUCUUCCGCUGCGCUUGGCUCCUUUUGCGGCCCCUCGACUCCAGACCAUCCCCGUCCCUCCCACCUGGACCAUGCCACACUGCUUCUUUUCCAAUGUCUCUGCAGCAGCACCCGGCCUAGACGUGUCGCAGACGUGCCGCACCUUGUACCAGCUGGCGGCGCUGCACGCCCAAAACGCACUGCACCGAUUGACAGAUGCUGCAAGAACCGAGAAGGAUAGACAGACGGAGACACAGACAGACAGACAGCCUUCAGGCACCGCGUAG